GCACAUGCUAAGAAGGCGACUUUACUCCCUACAAUGUCAGCAACGAUGGGAAUGUACAUAUACCCUUCCCAUCUAAAAAGGCUCUACCUCGGCAGCAUUGGGGUCAAACGCCCGAGCAAUACGCCGAAUUUCAACGAGUGCCACGCCAGCGCGUCGAAAAGAAGGAACACCAAGGCCAGUCUCAAACCUGGCCCUCAUCGGCCGACCAACAUUGGCGGAGAGCAUAUAAGGCUGGCUGUUCCCUCUGAUGGAAUUCAACUUGUCCAACUCAUCACAUACAUCCUCUUACCAUCAGCCCACCGCACCUUACCGCACCUUGACUCUUUGGUGGCCCCACGACGACUCAGCCUAGAACGCUUACAGCAACAAUGAAGUCGACGUACGGAGCAGCGAUUCUUGCGACUGCCACGCUGGUUCAAGGGCAUGGGUACCUGACGAUUCCGUCCAGUCGAACACGGCUUGGUGCAGAGGCCGGCCUCGAUUCUUGUCCCGAGUGCUCGAUUCUCGAGCCGGUGCAGUCGUGGCCCGAUCUCGAUGCCGCGCUGGUCGGACGGAGCGGCCCUUGCGGCUACAAUGCCCGGGUUAGCAUCGACUAUAACCAGCCGGGUGAGCACUGGGGCAACGAGCCGGUAGCGACCUACUCUCCUGGCCAGGUUGUCGAGGUGCAGUGGUGCGUCGAUCACAAUGGAGACCACGGCGGCAUGUUCAGCUACCGCAUCUGCCAGAACCAGACGCUGGUCGACAAGUUCCUCACCCCGGGUUACCUGCCCACCGCAGACGAGAAGCAGGCGGCCGAAGACUGCUUCCAGGCUGGCACGCUCUCGUGCAAAGACGUGACGGGACAGGACUGCGGGUACAACCCAGACUGCUCGGAGGGUCAGCCGUGCUGGCGGAAUGACUGGUUCACCUGCAACGCAUUCCAGGCAGACAGCAAGCGCGCAUGCCAGGGAGUCGACAACGCGCCUCAGGGCUCUUGCUACACGAGCAUCUCGGGCGGCUUCCCGGUCACCAAGAAGAUCAAGAUCCCCGACUACCAGUCUUCUCACACUCUGCUGUCAUUCAAGUGGAACUCGUUCCAGACCGGUCAGAUCUACCUUUCGUGCGCCGACAUCGCCAUCACAGCCAGCAACUAGAGCCAACCGCCCAUACAUGUCGACAGCCAGGCUUGCCGCUGGCACACGAAAUUUUACGAUUUGCUCAUCAAGGAGGGAAAGUAAUGGAACGAGCCA